AUGAAUGUGGUAGCUAGAUGUCAACUCGGUGCUAAGGUUAAAGUCAUUUUCUCCUCCUCUUUCUUGAAUUCAUUUCUAACCUUGUUCUGCUUCUCUCACUUCCUCACUCUUUCCUUCUCGUCUCACUUCCUCACUCUUUCCUUCUCCUAUCUCUUACUUGCGCAUGUUUUGGAGAUGGAUUCCAAUCCAUUUACGCAAACAUCAAACUUUGUUGGGCUACUUUAUAGCCAACAAAAUAUCUCCUUUGGUAACUAUGAAGAUAAUGUCGAUCUAUCUUCAUCUCAACUUCCUUCUCAAGGCGUGGAUGAUGUUGGUGAGCGUCGGGAACGAAGGAAGUGGACUCGCACAGAUGAUGUUGUGCUGAUAAGCUCUUGGCUAAACACGAGCAAAGAUCCAGUGGUUGGAAACGAGCAAAGAUCAGGCGCAUUCUGGAAGAGAAUUGCAGCCUACUUUGCAGCAAGUCCCAAGCUUGCUGGCUGCGAAAAAAUAGAGGCUUCUCACUGUAAGCAACGUUGGCACAGGAUCAACGACUUGGUCUGCAAGUUCUGUGGAUCGUACGAGGCGGCAACAAGGGAGAAAAGUAGUGGUUGCAAUGAGAAUGAUGUCCUCAAAAGGGCUCAUGAAAUAUUCUAUAUUAACCAUAUGAAGAAAUUCACUUUAGAGCACGCUUGGAAGGAAUUGAGUAACGAUCAAAAGUGGUGUGAAGUUUCUACUGCUAAAAACGAUGGUAAGAAAAGAAAGUGUGAAGACAAUGAAGAUUCACCCAGCCUUCAAUCAACUGAAACCAAACGUCCCACGGGUGUAAAGGCAGCAAAGGCCAGUGGGAAGAAGAGUGUGGAAAAGGAGCGUUCGCUUAAUGAGUUUCACAAUAUAUGGGACAUUAAACAGAAGGAUUUCGCACAGAAGGAAAGGUUGCACAAGCUGAGUCUACUUGACUCUCUUGUUGCAAGAAAAGAACCUCUAGCCGAGUAUGAAGAAACCCUCAAAAAGAAACUCAUCAGUGAUUUAAUGUUCAAUUAG